UAUCAUUUUAAAAACAAUAAACAAACUGCUUUUAAAAAGUACGAACCUGAAAGAAAUUAACACUGGCCAGAUAAAAGAUGUGAGGAAAAAAUAAACAAAGAACGAGGAACGUCAAAAAAGGCGCCAUAAUUUUCUCCGUUCGAAACAAUUGAAUUGCAAUCAACAAAUUAAUACAUCAUUUUAAAAAUAAAAGACUCGCGAUGUCAAAAAAGGCGCGAUAAUUUUCGCUGUUCGAAACAAUUGAAUGACAAUUAAUAAGGUUGUAUUUUAAAAAAUAAAGAAAAGACGCACUGUGUCAAAAAAGGCGCGAUAAUUUUCAACGUCCGAAACAAUUGAAUGGCAAUUUAGUAUUUAAAGUAACGGCAAGGCGUUGCAGUAACAUACGAGGUUAUUAUGGCGAGUUUUUGAGACGGACCGUGACGCGAACCGGAUUGGUCAUAGUACUCGUAUCGCUAUGAACUUGCGUCGGUGUAGUAGCGAUUAGAUAGUUUUUGUUGUGGAUCGCGCAUGCGCGGGCGCACAAACAAUGCUGUGACACAGUGACGAUUUAUUUGGAUUUUGUUUGACACUGCAGUAGAAGUACCAGGACCACAUAAUGUACGAGCGGUUCCUGGAAAUAGCCUUCGAGGCCGAGCUUAACACGAAGGAGGACCCUGAGCUAUACGAGCUCGCGUACGAGCACUGCCAUGAGGACCUCAACACCAGGGAGGCAUCCAUUGAGGAGCUCCGUUCAAUGAUAUACGAGCGAGGCGAGUGCUUGCCCUUCAGAAUGGAUGACUCGUUUCUGCUGAGGUUCUUGCGAGCCACCAAGUUCAUAGUUCCUAAGGCUCACAGACUGGUAGUUCGAUACUGUGCGUUCAGAGACCAGUACCCAUACCUCUACAAGGAUGUGGACAUGUGGGAACUGGUGAAGGUCAAGGAUGCCUACGAGGGCUCCAUGCUGGACCGCCCUGACGUCGGCAGACUGUCCAUCUUCAGAUUCGGAAUGUGGGACCCCAGCGAGUUCCCUGUGGAAGACCUGGUCCGUGCGGGCAUGCUGAUGAUGGAGAUCGGACUCCGGCAGCCGAAGCUGCAGGUGAUCGGCGGCACCGUCAUCGUGGACUUGGAAGGCAUCACUUUGAGGCACGUGGCUACCUUGACGCCAACUGUGGCGUACCAGAUUGUUGGGUUACUUGGGUUAGCAAUGCCUUGCCGCCUAAAGGCCUGCCACUUCGUCAACUACUCCUGGAUCAUCAACACCUUCAUAUACCUCUUCAAGCGCUUCAUCCCGAGGAAGUCCUGGGACAAAAUCCACUUCCACGGAUACAACUUAAAGUCUUUACAGGAACAUAUCGACCCAGAAUGCCUUCCAGUCAGGUAUGGAGGCACGUGUAGAAAUGUAUCCAAUUUCGGAAUAUGGCUGACUAAGAUCAAGAAGUACAGAGACAGUACCCUUGAUCAGGAGCUGAAGAAAGUAGGGUAUAUGGUUAAAGAGUGAUUAAGCAGAUUUCUGAUAUAAAAAAGCUGUAAAUAAAAUACAAGAUCUGACAUAUAUUUCUAUGAGACAUCUAUGAAAUCUACAGUAAAUUAUCUGACAAAACAAAAUAAAAAUAAAUAAUAUAAGUUCCUAAAUAACGUAUCAACUUUGGACUCGGAAAGUGCUGAAAUAAGAUAUUUAAUUACAUACAUACUAGCUCUUAUAUUCAUGAACACUGUCAGUUUUAUAACUAAGCGAAGCUAUAUGAAGUUACUGUGCGUCAUCACUUUCUCAAAGAUUAAUUUAAUUGAAAUGAAGAAAAAAACUGUGUUUUGGCUAAAAAGAUUUCGUAAAAUCGUACAAUUUAGAAACGGUGUACGAAUAUCUAAUAUAAAAAAAUCAUAGUCCAAAUUUUCUAUGACAGGGCAUAAUAAAUCAAAUCAAAUCAAUAUUUAUUUAUUCAGUUUAGACCAAUAUUUUGGCACUUAUGAACGUCAAAACAAAAAAAGGUAGCCCAUAAAGGUAAAUAAUGAGACGAGAAAAGGGCAUGCAAGAAGAAAAUAUAAACAACAUAAUAAUACUAUUAUACUACCUGAUCUCAACUACUAAUGAGCUUGUAAAAAUAAAUAAUAUAAUCCAUAAUACCAGUCAUAACAAAUAAAACAUUAAUCACAGAAAUAAACGUUCAAAUAAAUGUGCCACUAAGUAAAUAAUGGAAAUGCAUUAAAUAAUCUAUUAUUUUUAAUUAUAGUUAAGAUUCAGUCAAUGAUUCUAUUACUUGGGUAGUUAGGUUAGUAAUUCAGUCUUUUUAUAUUUAUAUUUAAGAAACUAAGUUUAGAUAUAACAAGAACAAAAGUACAAGACAAACAUUUAAAUCUUUCGAGGGGACAUGAAAAACAGCACAAGCUAAAGACGUACGUAGUUCUAAAGGUGAGAAUAUACUUAGAGCAUUUCCAUGUAUAAUGUAACGUUCUUACGUGUAGUAAAACACAGGUAAAUUGUAAGCCCAAUGGUACGUGAAAGGCUGAGGUUCGUUGUUCUGUUACAAGUGCUCUAGCUAGUCUAUAAUCACCUUGAUAUGUUCAAAAUCAAAAUCAAAAAUAUUUAUUCAUUUUAGACUACAAGUGGCACUUAUGAACGUCAAAAUAUAGUAAAUAAUAAAAAAGAAAAGGUAGCCCUUAUGGGGCACUUUACAUGUCUCCUUAUCUUAUCUUUUGUAGUUACAAUAUAAAUAUACCAUAAUAUAUUACGAGUAUGUGCUGUUGUAGUCUACAAUAAUAUUAUAUGUACUGAGAUUUUAAUUAGAACAAGUGACAAUAAAUGUAAUUUUUGGAAUAUUAUAACUACCUUCGGUGCUCGCUCAGAUUAUUAUAUCGCAGUGUUUUUCAACCUGUGGGUCGCGACCCCCCGGGGGGUCCGAAGCCUCUAUAGGGGGGUCGUAAAAUCUGCCUCAGUAAAAAAAAUAGUAAGGUUUUAAGAUAGAUUUAUCCAAAAUCUAAUUAUGCAAAUGCGUAAAUGUUGUAUGGAUUGAAAUAUUCAGUCCCUACAAUAUCUUUGUAACAUUAAAAAAUGCAUGAAAAAAAAGCAAAAGGUCGGGGGUCGCAAAAUAUAUUUUUCAUAGGUACUUGUCAUGAAAAAGGUUGAAAAACACUGUAAUAUCGUAAUGAAAUAUGUAGGUAUCUCCUUUUUGUAACGUAACAAUGUUUUCAAACAUAAUAUUUCAGUAACUGAAAAUGUGAUGUAUUUUUGUAAGGCUUUA